AGACUGAUAAUAGGAAUGAGUAUAGAAAUUCCUGAAGGACUGACGGAGCUGUUACAGAGCUUUACCGUGGAAGUGUUGAGGAACCAGCCCAGGGAUUUGCUCGACUUUGCAUUACAGUACUUCACCCAGCUGAAGGAAAGUGAGACCAGAGAGGCCUCAUUUGGCAAUGACCAAAAUUCGGCACCAAGACCCGGAAAAGCGGUCAAUUUCAUUGACGAAGCCAUGCAGAUCGAUUCGGAAAACGGAGAGGAGGACGACGACGAUGACGAGGAAUUCAUAGCCCCGGUAAUAAACAGAUUCGUCAGAAGAGCAUCAGUGUGUGCUGAAGCAUUCAAUCCUGAUGAAGAUGAUGAGGAUAAAGAGCCAUGGGUCACCCACCCCAAAACCGAUGAGCAGAGACGGAGGCUACAGGAAGCAUGUUGGGACAUUCUUCUGUUCAAGAAUUUGGAUCCGGAAGAGAUGUCUCAGGUGUUGGAUGCAAUGUUUGAGAAGUUCUGCACUGAAGGGGAGCACAUCAUUGAUCAAGAUGAUGAUGGGGACAACUUUUAUGUUACUGAAAGUGGAACGUUUAACAUUUUCGUGAAGGUUGAUGGCACAGACAAGCUGGUGGGCUGCUAUGACAACCGGGGCAGCUUUGGAGAACUGGCGCUGAUGUACAAUACCCCCAGGGCAGCAACAAUAAUCGCCACCUCGCCUGGAGCCCUUUGGUGCCUAGAUCGUCUGACAUUCAGGAGGAUUAUAGUGAAGAACAAUGCCAAGAAAAGGAGGCUGUAUGAGGCAUUCAUGGAAACGCUACCACUGCUCACAUCCUUAGAGCUCUCAGAGAGAAUGAAGGUAGUGGACGUAAUAACCACCAAGAUCUACAGCGAUUCACAGCAGAUUAUUGCUCAGGGUGAUUUAGCAGAUUGCUUCUACAUUGUUGAGUCUGGCCAAGUUAGAAUCACCAUGAAAAGAAGCAGGACGAAAAAAGACCAGGAGGAUGAGGAAGUGGAUAUCGCCACAUGCACGAGGGGCCAGUAUUUUGGGGAGCUGGCGCUUGUCACAAACAAGCCCAGAGCUGCAUCAGCAUAUGCUGUGGGAAGCGUCAAAUGCUUAGCCAUGGACGUCCAAGCCUUUGAGAGAUUGCUGGGCCCUUGCAUGGACAUCAUGAAGAGAAACAUAGCUAACUACGAGGAGCAGCUGGUGACCCUGUUUGGGAGUAGCACUGAGAUUGAGCAACAAAGUGCAUGA